GCCGUAACAAGACACAUUGUCCAAAAGAAAUCGACUGAAUCGUGAAUUAAUAACAAAAAACUUAUAAAUCAUAGGAAAAUGCUGCGAGCCAGUUGCCAACUAUUAAGUCAGCCAGGCGUUAGUGCCGUCAAAACAGGCAGCACGAACUUUGCACUCGAAUUUGUGCGUUGGCGUCGAAAGCCGCGCUGGUUGCCGGUGGCUAAAAGUAAAAAGUUCCGAGUGCCCGAACGCAAAAAGCAAACCGAGGAGGAGCGUGUCGAGUUAUUGCGCCUACACAACAUUUACAAAACCCAACUGCGCUCCGUGCGUCAAUAUCUGCGGGAGGAAACUGUGCGCCAACAGGAAACCUCGACGAUCGACCAUAUAGUGUUCACGCCCGAGCAGGAGGAAGCGGCAUUCCAGCGCUGCUUAGAGGAGAACGCAGCAUGGAAUGCGACCAUUGCCGCUGAGCGUGAAGUGCGUCUGAAGAGGGAACGAGAGGAGAAGAAGGCAUAUGUGCAAGAGCGCUUGGAGGCGGCUCUAAUCCGAGAGGAGGAGCGCAAGGAGCAAGCCAACGAGAAGGUGCGACGUGAGAAGGAGCUGGCGAAAACAUUCAUCUCGCGCGAGAACUUGGAUGUGGCAAUUGAAACGGCGCUCGCCAAUCCUGUUGACUACAAUUUCUCCAUUGACUUGGGUGGAAACAUUUACCGUGGGCGUGGCACAUUGCCAGGCGGCUCGGAACCACCAGCAGAAGCACAACAGCAACAAAAGCAGGCAGCCAGCAAUUAAUAAUUUGUUAUUCGUUGAACACGUUUUUGGAAAUAAACGAAAUCUAUAAAUAUUGCAA